AUGCCGACGAUGGCGAUGGACAAGUUCUCAGGGCUGUGUUUGUGGUUGGUCCCCUCCUCCUCCGCUUCGCAGCUGGAGUUGAACGAUGCGAUUCGGGGCGUGAUGUGCGACUUGCGCGCUGCCAAUCCCGGUUGCUCGGGGGAGUUCAGUACGCACGCGACGCUCGUUUCUGCCCUUGGCGAUCGCACCAUCCCCGCCGACGAGCUGCGCACCGUGACAGAAGGAGCCGUGGACGAGUGGCGCAAGCUUCACGGUGCAAGAGGGUUGACGGUGCCAUUCAAAGACGUCACAACCAAAGGCCGCUACUUCCAAUGCAUCCUCCUCGCCCUUCAACCCACACUCGCGCUAAAGGGGCUCAACAGCAUCGCAAACAGGACAGUCGACAAGCAUUUCCCACCCCCACCAUCCGCAAAGGAGAAAGAGGAGUUCUUCCCCCACAUCUCCCUGCUCUAUGCCGACCUCACCGUCAAACAAGCGCAGGAACAGAUCGAUGGGCUGCGAGAACAGGGUGUGUUCAGGACCAAGGGCGAAAGUGUAGAGUUCAAGGGUUUUAAAGAGGUCACGUUUGGCAGUGUCGAGGUGUGGGAUUGCACAGGACGGCCGGAGGAAUGGAAGAGGGUGCACAGCAUACCGCUGUAA